GCCGUAUUCCUUUCAAAUGAAAACGAGGCUGUAACUGAAGGUUGAACUGAUUUUAAGCCGUUAUUAAUUUUCAACUUCAUUUUUGAAUAGCUGCUUCCUUUCAAAUGACUUCUUCUCUAUAACCCAUCUCUAAAUGCAAUCCGCAGCUAAUAAAACCAGGCUGUUUCGUACAGUAACUGAAUCAACUAUAACACUCGCAUCCACAAUCAGCAAUAAAAGAGAAGCAGAGCAGAGAUGCCUUUCACUUCUUCAGGACUGCAAUACAUUCUCAAAACUCACUCAAAUCCAUACCCAAAUCCUCAAGUUGGGUCUUUCUAACAACCCACUUGUCCUCACCAAGUAUACUUCCACAUCCUCUAAUCUCCACGCAAUUGACUAUGCUUCUUCAUUUAUAUUUUCACCUGAAUCCGAUAAACGUUUAUACGAUACGUUUCUGUUCAAUACAAUUAUUAGAGCUUAUGCCCAUAGUAAUAAUGUUUCCAAGGGUAAAGCUCUAUGUAUGUAUAAGCUUAUGCUUGAAUAUGAUGUUUUGCCUAAUAAAUUUACGUACCCAUUUGUCCUUAAGGCUUGUGCCGGUAUUGGGUACUUGAAUUUAGGCAAGUCUGUUCAUGGGUCAGUAUUGAAAUUUGGCUUCGAUAAUGAUGUCCAUGUGCAAAAUACAAUGGUCCAUAUGUAUUGUUGUGGAAGAGAUGGGAUUGAGUUUGCACGUGAAGUGUUUGAUGAAAUGUGUAAAAGGGAUCCUGUCUCCUGGAGUGCAAUGAUUGGUGGGUAUGCUCGUUUGGGAAGGUGUAGCGAUGCGAUUGACUUGUUUAGAGAAAUGCAGAUUGAAGGUGUUUGUCGUCCUGAUGAGAUAACUAUGGUUUCUGUUUUAUCUGCUUGUACUGAUUUAGGUGCUCUUGAGUUAGGAAAGUGGGUAGAGUCUUAUAUUGAGAAAGAGAAAGUUCAAAAGAGUGUUGAGCUCUGUAAUGCUUUGAUUGACAUGUUUGCUAAGUGUGGUGAUGUUGACAAAGCUAUCAAAUUGUUUAGAAAUAUGAAAGAUAGGACCAUUGUUUCUUGGACUUCUGUGAUUGCUGGUUUGGCAAUGCACGGUCGUGGUUUAGAGGCUGUUGAAUUCUUUGAGGAAAUGAUAAAAAGUGGGGUAUUGCCAGAUGAUGUUGCAUUUAUCGGGUUGCUUUCUGCCUGUAGCCAUUCAGGAUUAGUUGAUAAAGGGAGAGAAUAUUUUGAUUUGAUGAGAGAGAAUUUUGGUAUAGUACCUAAAAUCGAACACUAUGGUUGUGUGGUAGAUAUGUUGUGCCGGGCAGGACUUGUUAAUGAGGCAUUGGAAUUUGUUCAGGAAAUGCCCACUGAGCCUAAUGCUGUUGUUUGCCGCACGCUGAUUAAUGCUUGUUGUGCUCAUGGUAAACUCAAGCUUGGUGAAAGGAUCACUAAACAGCUUAUUAGAAAUGAGCCCAUGCAUGAGUCAAAUUAUGUACUACUGUCCAACGUAUACGCCAAAAUGUUAAACUGGGAAAAGAAAACGAGGAUUCGAGAGUUGAUGGAUAGGAAAGGAAUGAGAAAGAUCCCUGGAAGCACUAUGGUUGAGUUAGGCAAUGAAAUUUACGAAUUUGUGGCUGGAGAUAAAUCUCAUCCGCAGUUCAAUGAAAUAUAUGAGAUGGUGGAUGAGAUGGGGAGGAAGAUGAAGCGGGCUGGCUAUAUCCCGGCUACAUCAGAGGUUUUACUUGAUAUUAAUGAUGAGGACAAGGAAGACACUUUGAACACACAUAGUGAAAAGCUGGCUAUUGCUUUUGCCCUUCUCAAUACCCCACCUGGUGGGCCUAUUAGAAUUGUGAAGAAUUUGCGAGUUUGCAAUGAUUGCCACUCUGCUACCAAGUUCAUCUCCAAAAUAUACAAUCGAGAAAUAAUAAUGAGAGACCGCAACCGUUUUCACCAUUUCACAAAUGGUGUGUGCUCAUGUAACGAUUUCUGGUGACAAAACUGGUACCAGAUUGUCAUCUCAAGGUAACUGCUGGGGGAUAGCAUGGGAUUUGCACUGGCGGCUUGCAUUAACCGUUUGGCAGAUCUGGUUUAGGCGGAAAAGGUAAGCUCUUCCCUUAAUCAGGUUUCUUAUAAACACAUUCUUUUAGUGGGUUAUUUUCCAUUGUCAAUUCGUGUUCAAUCAAGAUUCUAGUUAUAGAGUACUAGAUAUGGAGCUCGUACUGAAUGGAAAUGUACCUCUACUCACAAACUUAUCUGAUCAAGUCAUCCCUUUUUUUUUC